AUGCGGACGAGCGCGGACGCGUACGCGAUGCUCGGCCUGCAGGGCUGCGCGAGCUCGCGCGAGGUGUACUGGCACUUGGGUGCGAACAGCGAGACGCGGUUUGACCGCUUCCCAGGUGUCUCGAGCUGGCGGUGGGAGCCGCCGCAAGAGUGCAUGGCGGAGGAGGCGAGCGCGGAGGAAUUGGUCAAGCAUUUGGUUGAGCACGGCGGGUGGCUGCUAAUUGGAGAUUCAGUGACGGAGAACCACUUCUUUUCUCUCUCAUGCAUGCUCUAUCCCCAUGUACGAGCAACGCCCGACUACACCCUUGGCGGCUUCGACUUCGCAUGGCCCCAGAACCUCUACCUCAGCUCCUCUUCGCCCCUUCUCCCUAGUCUCAAACUCCCCAAAGACUUCGACAUCGACAACACCCCGCUCGUCACCUUCCGCCGGUCUGAUCUUCUCAUGUUUCCCUCUCGGCUGGACGCUCUCUACCGACAAAUCCACCCUGCCUCAAAGUACCUCCACAACAGGACGACGCUCUUCAACUCCAACGAGGCUGUGUGGAACCUUUCCCCCGAAGAGUACGUCGGCAUGCUCACCACGCCCCGUCCCGCCGGGGGAUACUCGGCCCUGAUCGUGAGCACCGGCGGGCACUGGACCACUCACCUCUUCGAAGCUCUGAGGGACGCGUCGCUCGUCGGCGAAGGCAUCUUCAACAUCGUCGACUUCUUCCGCGACGCGAUGCGUGUCUGGGCUGACGAUGUCCAGGCCCUGCUCUACCAAGACGCCGCCCUCGCGGGUGGUGGGUGGCCCCACCUCGCGCCUGGCGGCCGCCUGGUGCGCGCAGGAGCGAGGUCAAAGAGCGCGCAUCAGGUGCUCGUGCGCGCAUACCUCCCGGGGCACGACGGCUGCCACGACGCCAGCGCGCCGGUGGAGAGGUACACGAAGGAGAUGAGCACGUCGUGGAACUGGGAGCAGAUCGGGGACAUGAACCGCGCGUUUGCGGACGUCCUGCGCGAGGGGGUAUACCCGGACAUCCACUACCUCGGGAUCGACGGCGCGGCGCUGCUCAGGCCGGAUGCGCACGUCGCGAGCGACUGCCUGCACGUCAUGACAGGCGCGGGGGUCCUCGAAGGCUGGACGCAGUACAUCUGGCACUACGUCACCGUCGAGAUCCCCGAGCUCGUGCGGUCGGUACGAUGA